AUGGCGAUCCAGACCGAGAUCUUCUCCAAUUUGCCCGAGCAGCACUUGUCUGCCCUCGAGACUUUCUGGAAGCUAUGUAAUGAAGAAGGACUUCUGGCCCGGCCAACGGGCCUGUCAGAAAACGAGGCACAGGAUGGGCUGAAUGAUGAAACCACCCUCUUACGGUACCUCCGCGCCCGCCGUUUCGAUCCCGAUCAAUCCCUGAAGCAGUUCCAACAAGCCACAAUAACGCAUAGAAACAACCGCAUUCCGAUACGAUACAAUGAAAUCGACGUCUUGGAAUUCGAGACCGCGCGCUUUCUCUACCCCCACUGGUGCGGCCGACGAACAAAAGAAGGCCUCCCAAUAUGCCUGUUUGACUUUGGACAUCUCAAUCGAUCGACUCUCGCCGCGUAUGAGAAGACCCGCGGCACCGACCUGGGGACAGAUACGAGCCUGACUGCGACCCAGAGAGCCAGUCUCGCUCACGACUAUCUUACCCGCUUUGUCUUCCCGCUAUGUAGCAUGAUGAAGGACCGACCGCGGCCUGGCGUCCCGAUCACCAGCGCAAUAUAUCUCGUGGACCUUCGUACCUUCACAAUGAAGCAGGGUUGGGAUAUCAAGAACUAUACCAGUGAUAUUGCACAAUUGCUCAUGAUGGGGUAUCCGGAGAUUAUUGAUCGGCUUUUUGUCCUCAAUGCCCCGUCAUAUUUUGGAUGGAUGUGGGGUAUUAUGAGGAAAUGGCUCGACCAGGGCACAGUGGACAAGGUGGUAAUUGUGCCGGCAAGCGAGAUGAUGCCAACACUGACGAAGUAUAUUGAUACGGAGAGUAUUCCGAGUCGAUUUGGUGGGGAGUUUGCCUGGGAGCAUGGCACGCCGCUCGACUUGGAUGUGCGGAUUCAAUCUGGCUUAGAGUGGAAAGAAGAGUGGAAAGAAGAGGGGAAGUUGCCACCCGGGCCGAUGAAAUGGGUUCUUGAUGAAUCAGGAAGAAAGACAGCCAUUGCAGUGGGUAGCAUUGAGGGCAUAACAAGGACGACGAGCAUUGCUCAGAUGAAAGUGGCAGAUGAGGCGAUGAGAGUGGGAGAUCCAGAGAAGAACAUCAGAAUGACAGACCUGGAGAGAACGAGCGACGUGGCCAUAGCUACACUACCAUUGAGAGAUGAGAAUAAUGGAGAUAAUUAG